CAGACCGACCUGUACCGGCGAGUCGGACCAAAGCACCAGCACCGGGCGACUCCGGCGAGAUGAUGUCGCCGAAGCCCUCCGCCUCCGCCGCGGCGGACGGCGGCGGGGGCGCCUCCAGCUCUCGCUCGGCCCCCACGGCGAGGUCAACACUGUUGCAAGUGAUUCAUAUCUUGGGAAACUUCAUGAGAAUUUGGUCUGUUUACUCGUUAUAUAGCUACUUAUCCAACAGUGGGGAUUCAAUAGUUGGCUUUAUCUUCAGCUGUCUUGUACCCACAUCCGUCAUAUUCUUGGUCUUACAGAAGCCUUGGAAAGGCCGGCCUUUGCCCAACUCGCAGGUUGUUCCUACAGUUGUCAAUGGAGGAAUCCUGGCAUUAUACUUUGUAUUGUGGGGUAAAGGACUUCUUGCUUGUGGCCCACUAAUCGCUCUGCUGGCGGAGUAUGCAGGUGCUGUUCUUGGAGUUCUCUCUGCUGCUUUAUAUGGAAGGAAAGUUAAUAUCUGGAAAAAGAUUGGAGGCCUUGCUGCUAUGUUGGUAGCAUAUUGUCUCUUAUCAAAGGGAUGGUCUACAAGAACACAUUCGCCACUAUAUAGCUUUGGAAGUGAACCACUGGAGAGGGCAACACAAACUAUUGGGAUGAAAGAAAUGGUGGUGCCAAUUACUGCUGGGAUUUUAUCUGCUUUAAGGAGAGUAUUAGCUCGGCGUGUUUCUCUCAAGAAUCAACUUAAAAUGCGACUUCAUGCUAUAACUAUAGCUUCUGCAACUUGUUUUCUUUUUCCAUUUGCGAUGUGGGAUACAAUCCUUGGCUCAGCAUCUGACAGCAUAGUUAAACUACAACUACCAAGUUGGGCAUACUUGAGUACUGUUCUAUUCGGGAUGGUGCUCAUAUUCUAUGUUGACAAUGUUGCCGAGGAAAAGUUGCAUCUGGUCUUCUCAUCUCCAAGGCACUUAAUGGUCUCAACAGGUUGCAUCAUUGUUUUGGAGAUAUUGUACAAAAUGGAUUUCUCCCUUUUGGGGUUUCUGGUCUGUUCCGUCAUUUUGGGAUUUGGUAUUUUUGAAGCAACUUCUCUGGAGCGCUCAAAGAAGAGCCCUUUAGAGGCACAUGAACUGUCGAAUGGGGUGUUCCACAAUCAGUUGCCAGUUUCAGCACUUCCAAGCUAAAGGAUAUACCUGGUCACAACAUGGUCAGAGUCCGUGGUUGCACACCUGACACCUCAGAUUCGUGGUUUCAAUCCUGCCUGAAGUUUGGACGAGACACCCCUCAAAAAAAAAAAGAUUGGACGAGACAGAAAGCAUGGAUUUUUUUUUGACCUGCCAAUGUGCAUGUCCCUGUGAUGACCUGUCCUGCAGCCCACUUGCAUCCUGUAAUCCCCUGUAGAUGUGUAUCAAUAUUCCUCUUGCAGGUAUUGCAAUUGUCACAGUACCCUGUGUCCCUACGCCCAGUGCUUGUAUUGGUGAAGUUUUGCUGUUCUCACUUAGAACGCAGAUGAUUUUGGUCGGGACAGAAGUGUUUUUUUUUUGUGACAAUGAAACGUGUAAUCCGUCCAUGAAAUUAUUAACAUGCUGACUCUUUUUACCUGUAA